CUCGGUUCUGUCAUGUUUGUGGAAGUAAUUGUUGAUACUUUUUAUGUUAUUAGAAUCUAUCAUGUAUAAUUAAGUUUGAGACAAGUCUCAUUGAAACAUUCGCUGUUUCAAUUUCGUUACCGCAACAUGAUUCUAACAAUUAAAAAGUCGAAAGAAGCCUGAAUACAUUCAAUAAAUGCCGGCAGUUAUUAAUCAAACACGUUACAUUUUUAUCUACAGCCACUCACUUUUGUUUACGUAUGCGAAUUGAUUAUAAAUAUAUAUCAGCUUAUUUUGCAUGUUGCUUUCUCUGGAAAGUUUUUAAUUUGAGUUAAUUCAGUAAAAAUCAAAAUGAAAGUUUCCUCUUUUCUUAUGUGUAUUGCGUAUAUUUUUUAUUAUUUCAAUCCUUCUUAUGGAAAUGAUCCUGAAGAAAAAAAAUCUGAAUCCUUCGAAGAAGAAAAAUAUGGAGUAAAAUAUGCUGGAGAAUGCGAAGUUUGCAAAUAUCUUGUUGUCGAACUGGAAAAUAGACUAUCCGAAACUGGCAAAUCUCACGAUGUUUUAGAAAUAGGAUAUGAACUUGAUCCUGCAGCACGAAAAAAGAAGAAAUAUGCUCAGUCUGAACUUCGUCUGGUUGAAUCCUUGGAAGGAAUAUGUGAUAGAUUACUCGAUUAUAACAUCCAUAAAGAAAGGAAAGAUAGUACUAGAUUUGCAAAAGGAAUGAGCACAACUUUCAAAGUGUUACAUGAUUUGGCAGAUAAAGGAGUCAAAGUCGAACUUGGAAUUCCAGAAGAACUAUGGGAUAAACCAUCUGCUGAAGUAACACAUUUGAAAAUGCAGUGUGAAAAUUUGUUAGAGAAGCAUGAAUCUGAUAUUGAAGAUUGGUACUUUAAGCAUCAAGAUAUUCCUUUGAAGCAAUAUUUGUGUAUUGAUAAAGCGCUACAUAAAGGAGAUACAGGCUGUCUUGAUGAAGCAUAUGUACCCUCCAAACCAGAAGAGAAAGGUGAAAAACAAGGAACAAAAUCUAAGUCAAAAAACAAAUCUAAGAAACCAAAAGUAGCUGUGCCAAAUAAGAAUGAUGAAUCAAAGGAUGAAUUGUAAAAGUAUUGAAUGAUUUAAUACUUAAUUAUGUUUGUCCAAAUUACAAUCAUACUUUGGAUAUUUUUUUAAUAUGUUUUCCAGAUAUUUUUUUUAAAAAUGUAAAUAUGUAUUUUGUGAAUCAACAUAAUAAAAGUGCUUUUUCUUGUUUCUUUGUACAUAUUAAAAGUGCCUAUAGUUUUUUUAAUGAACCAGUCUUUUGCAUGUUAUAUUGCAACUUCCAUUUUGAUAGUGACUGUAGAUAGGAUGCUGUAUAAUAUUU